AUGACCAUCGAAACUAUUGACAUUGAUCUUUUCCUUGAAAUUGCAAAACUUCACCCUAAUGUUAUUGCACAAAUCUUUGGUUAUUUGCCUAAAUGCUUAUUGCCACAUUUAUUAUAUUUCCCGCCAAUUAGAGAGAUCGCCGCCUCAGUAAUUUUGUCAGACGUGGAAAUUACUGAAGAUGUUGAAAGGCACAUGUGGUUUGAUGGUUUCCGCCUGUGUCAGUGCCUCCGAUUCAACAUCAAACUAGACAAUUUGAAACAAGGCAUUGCUCAGUGGAAUAUAUACCCGCAUACCUUUCAUAUGGAACACGUGGAGCAAUUUGAGAGAGUCUUGGAUACUUUCCCUAAACUUAUCACGGCAGCCCUGAGUAUUAAUGGUACCUUUUAUGGGAAAGAAGGUUUGGACUCAAAGGCUAUGUUGAAUUUCUUUUUGGAUUCUAAUAUCAUGUUUGAUUCCAUAGAAUUGUUGAAAUUUGAAGAUACACUCACACUUCCCUCAAUUGCCAGAAAUGUCGCGUUACAUCGUACUGCAUUGGAUUCCUAUACAAUUUAUGGUAUGAAAAAGUUGGACAUAAAAAUAAUCCCUGAUGAUGAUGAUGAUGAUGAAGGGACCCAGAUAUUUACUUUUCCUGCAAGUUUGGAGGAUUUACAAAUUAAAACUAGACUUUUAACUGGGGUGAUUUUACCUCCAACUUUGCGGAGACUAUGUCUUGUCACACACCUGAAACAAAUUGAAAUUUCAUCUGAAGGAAUGCCUAUUUUAGAGUAUUUGCUGCUUGAGUUGCCUUGCAUUGACGUCCUUAAUAACAACCAAAUAAUUGCACCAAAUUUAAAAACUUUACAUUUAAAAAAGUGCCUUAGUAUGAGAGGCUAUAAUGGUUUGAAAAAGUUCCAACAUUUAAAACAUUUAACAAUCGACUCUAGUGUAUAUCCAUUUUAUUUAUUUGAUCAGAAUUCUUUACUAGAAUUAGAAAGUUUUGAAUAUAUUGGAAAUGACUUGCAGAAUUCACAAUAUUUUCUCAAAUCAUUAUUAAUCUUCCCUCCAAAUUUGAAACAUCUAUCAAUCAAAUCUGCUGGUCUCGGGGAUCUUGAUUCAAGUACUUUAGUACUUACUCCCCCAUUAACGCGUUUGGUGCUUUUAAAUGUCUCAUUUAAAACCGGUUAUUGUCAUUUGGACGAAAAUUUGCAAUACAUUCACAUCAUCACAUCGGAUCUUACAUUUCAUAGUAGUUUCAGGAUACCUCCUCGGGCUGAAGUAUUAGAUUUAGCUGCUAAAAAUAUAGUUUUUACCAGCCUGGACUUUAUGUAUCGUUUACCCAAUAGUCUUACACGCUUGCAGUUGCUUGCUAGGUCACAGGGUGAGAUGAGUCCUCUUACCCAAAAAAUCAAAUGGCCGCUGGUAUUAGGUACUUUUUCUUUAAAGGGUUUUUACAUUGAUUCCAGUACAUUAGAAUUAUUGAACUUGAAAGAAUCUAGACUUCGAAAAAUCGAAAUUUGCAAAGGCAAUAUUCAAAAAUUGGAUAAUGAUUUAUUCCCAAUUAGUGUUGAGGAACUAAUUUUAAAUAAGAUGGGAAUUAAAGAGUUACCUGAAUCCUUUGAAAACUUAGAAAACUUGCGCAGGCUAUUGUUAAACAGAAAUCAAUUGGAAAAAGUAAAUCGAGUCAAAUUGCCUGUAUCCUCAUUGGAGCAUCUAGAAUUAUGCCUGUGUAACCUUCGUUUAGUGUCACCAUUUUUGGUUUCAAUGUAUGAAGAAAAGAACAAAGACGCUAAAUUAAAAAUACAUGCUCCAGGAAACUGGAAUAUGAGUGUUAUUGAUGUGAGAAGAACCUUAAAAGCAAUCAAAGGGCUUUCAUUACUGCUCAGCAGAUAUGAUGAAACUUUGGAAGAAAUAUCCAGACGGUCUUCUCGUUUGUUUGCUGCUUUUCUGACACCUGAUCCUUAUGCUCCAGCAUCUGAAUAUUCUGGACCAGAGGAGGUAAUUUCAGAAUAUGAUUCAGAUGAUCUUUACAAUGGAAGUCUGGAUAACGAGUACAGUGAUGAGGAUGAUGAAUUUUAUUAUGGUUCUAGCAUGGAGGAAGAUUCAUCAAUUGUAACAAGUGACAAUGAUAAAGACUCUUGA